AUGUAUGCAACAUUGCUUCGUGGUGCGAGCCGGGCUGUCGUGCUGCUGGCGACCAAAGGCACGUGCAGCGAGGGGAUCGAUCUUUCGGGGGGGACGCACGUGGUGCUGUCACAGCCUUCGUGGAACCCCAUGCAAGAUCGCCAGCUUGUGGGUCGGUCGGUCCGCCCCGGGCAGAAGGGCCACGUGUUCGUCCACCGGCUCAUAUGCGCGCGCACAUUCGAAGAGAAGAUCCACAGGGAGGCCGAGCGGCUCGUGCGCCUCCUCUUCUCGCCGCGGAAGUUGCGGGGCGACCAAACGCCUGACGGGUCAAGGGUGCAGGUCGCCGAGAAUCCGCUCGGUGCGGACCAAUCCCUUUCUGGGGGGAUUGGUGGAAGAGACUGGCGGAGGGGAGGAGGAAGCCCUAGUAGCUGA